UUUAGUGAUUUUUGGUGCUAUCCUCGUUUUAUGAUGUGUGUGAUGGUGCAGUGAUCUGCUCAUAUGCGGCUGUUAUACAAAACUGGUCCAAUGGAGUCUCUCAGAAAAUGGUUCUACAAACCAAAGAGGGACGACCGGUCGCUACUGGCGCAAUUCUUCUUUGCCGACGACGCGCUCAACAUGGUAGCGGCCGAGCUGGACUCGUUCGAUGGCCGCAAGGACCCCGAUAGGUGUUCCACUCUUGUCAAUCAACUCCGACAUGCGCAGGACAGGGUACUGAACAUCACGAGUCAGAUAAUGGACCAGCUUUUGGGAGACGAGCGAGUCGCGCGCGGUUUCCGAGUAAAGUUUCCAGAAGAUGUUCUUCAGGACAAUUUGGCUGGGCAGCUGUGGUUCGGUGCAGAGUGUCUAGCAGCAGGUUCAUCAAUAAUGAACCGCGAGGAAGAAUCAGCAGCCAUGCGGCCUUUAGCUAAAGCGUUGACAAGAAGUCUGGAGACUGUGCGGUCAUUAUUGCGGGAACAGUGUCUCAGGCCGCGCGGUCUUGCGCUAUCGCAUCGAGAUGACAUGCUACUGGAAAGUUUGAAGAUUUUUGACCGACUAUUCGCCGAAUUUGAGCUGUGCUACGUGAGCGCGAUGGUGAACGUGAAGACGCCACACGAGUUCGAAGCGCAGCAACUCAUCUGCGUACUAUUUUCAGAGAGCCUGAGGAGAGCGCUCAAACAAAAUCUCUUAACACAGGAACAGGUGGACUCCUACGAUCCAGCGCUAAUGUUUGCAGUACCCCGCCUCGCGAUCGUGAGCGGUCUCCUCAUCUAUUCCAACGGCCCGUUGAGCAUAGACAAGUCUCCAGAAGAGAUGUCAGAUAUGUUCCGUCCCUUUCGCACUCUGUUACACAAGAUACGGUCGCUUUUGUGGACGUUGGACAGAAGAGAAUUGAUGGCGUUGGAAAGAUUGCUGUGUACUAACGAGGAUCUUACCAGCUUGGCUGGACUUGACUUGCAAAAUGGAACAGAUGAGAGCAGCGAUUCAUGCCAGUACCCCGACAUCGGUGAAUUUGUUUCCCGCUUCUACGCGGACCACGCGCACUGCAGAGACCUCUAUACCCAGUCGAGUUCCAGCGAACCAACGAUAACGGAGAGCGACUACCUGCCGGACAACAUCGAAGUCAUGACGCCCAUAUUAGACGGUCUCAGAAGACUCAGUUCCGAGCCCGAGCCCGAAUCUCGGCCAGCUUCGGCACAUGACCGAACUAGAAAGCCCAGUCGGGCCGAGUCCAAUGACCUUUCCUCACUAAGAAACCUGUCGACCAAUGGACUAAAUAUGUUCGAUCCUCUCGUCAUAAACGCGGCGACAUCUGCUGGUGAUACUAAUAGACAACUCCCCGAUCACGAACUCGUUACGAGUCUUAACGAACAAGUGUCGGAAAUUGCCGAUCGUCUCUCUUCCAUAGCUGCGAGUGACGUAGAUAUUUUGGAUCAUAACCAUAUGCGAAGUGCAUCUACUAGUGAUGUACCUACGUUGAUAUCUACUGACGACGAAGCGUACGGUUUCGGUGGACCGAGGAAUGAACAGCUUAGCUGUAUGCCUUCAACUAGUCAUGGAUACCUUAUACCUAACGCAAUAAGCCAGGAACCUGUAGUGAUGUCUCUGUCACACAAUAAUUCAGCCGUCUUUAACCCAGAAGAUGAUAAUCACGGUGCAAUAAGGAACACAGAUCUCCCGCGUAUGAUACCCGACAAUAUUGACUCACAAAUCGUAAACACUAAUAUAUGUAUCGCUAAUGCUAACUUAAGUUCGCUAUUACUAACAAACGAGGAAUUUAGAAAUAACUUUGUAGAUAACGACGGUGACAAUACAAGUUUCCAUUCAGCCAAUAUGAAUUUAGAGAGGGAAGAAGACAGAGUAAAGUUUAUGCUUGGAUAUGAGAGUGAUCACGAAUCACCUGUAGACUCGGGGGUCAGUACUGAAAACGCUAGUUUAGAUAGAUCGCCCGACACAGACCAAAGCAAAGAGUUAAAAGAAAAUCAUUAUAUGGAACAGAACAGGGUACUAAAGAGUCCUGACGGUGACCGAAAAGAAACGUUACUAGAGAGUUCGUUUUCCGACGUAAAUAAUGAGAGUGUAAAUAUUAACUACGUCGAAAACGAAAUACAGAAGAACGAAGCGGGUUCGUCGUUGCAAACGCACGAAGCGGCGAAUUCUUCACGUAUACACGACUGGGGGGCUAACACUGGUGACGACGAGGAAUAUAGGAAUAUUGAUGAAGUUAUAACAGAGUUACGAAGGCAUAGAGAGAGUGAUAAAAAGAUUAGUUCGUUAGUUGAAGAAGACAAUAAUAAUCCCGAGCCUAAUUCGUCGCAAAGCAGUUGCAAGAAAAAAGGCAGGAAGAGUGGUAAGACCAAACGAAAGAAGAAAAUGUGGUCGCCUGGCAUCGUGAUUUUAGAUAGUCGAUCGCAGGGACAAAGCCCUUUGAGGCUUAAUUUGGACCAUUUUGUUGACGAGAGCGGAACUUCUUGCGGCGCGUCGGAAUGCGCAGAUGACGAGCAAAUCGCACUGGCGCUACAGGCGCAAGAACUCGCCGCCAGGCAGCAGGCCCGCGGCAAGUUCAAGUCAAGCGAAGACCUUAUCCACCGGCUAUUCGUAUGCAUAGCCGGCGUGGCGGAUCAGCUGCAGACGAACUUCGCGGCGGACCUUCGCAACAUCCUCAAGUCCGUCUUCCUCAUGAACCAGACGCCAGACCCGCCGGAAACGCCCGAGCCGACGGAGCUCAGUGACAAGCAAAACACUAUUGAGUACGAAGUUACAGAGGAUCAAGUCAUACAGAAUGGCAGUUCAUUCGAUAGCGUGUACUCGGCCGAAGAAGUGUACGCAGAUAGCACAUCUGAGUCUCUCCCGUCAGAGGGCCGACCUGCGCCCGCGCCGCUGCCACCGCCUGCGCCGCUGCAGGCCUCCAUCUCCAUCGGAGACUUGACCUUUAGGGAGCGGUCGUCGUCGCCGGUUGUGGAGCGCGCACCCGAGUGGGUUCCCGACGUUGCAGCCGCUGCCUGCAUGCGGUGUGCCGCACCCUUCACCGCCUUCCGUCGCAGGCACCACUGCCGGCACUGCGGCAAAGUGUUCUGCGCAUCGUGUAGCUCCAACUCCAUCCCGCUGCCGCGCUUUGGCCAGCUGAAGCCCGUGCGGGUCUGCGACGAGUGCUUCGCCCACAACGCACUGGUCUGCCGCGCUCCCUCCGCCACACACGCCGUCCCCUCGCCACCCGCGCAGUUGCGGUGAAAUUCCGCUCUUAUCUACUCGCACUAAAGGCUUGUUUACAUUAAUUCAUUUUAAUACGUUUCGGUGUCUUUCAAUUCCUCAAUACAUAAAAGAAAACCUACAUUGACAACAGGAACUAUAUUAAAUAACAAACUGAUAUAUAGACGAUCCGUACCAGUACGAUUAAGAUAGUUCUGGAAUCCAGCUACUGGAUUGUAACUCAUCAUUAAACAUUUAUAAAGACAAACAUAACAUCAAGUCAAAAUUUGCGUGCAGUAGCAACAGAUUACGAAAAUAAUUGUAACUUCUUAUAAAAAACCGACCUCAAAAGUGGUGGAAUGACAUCUAUUUGCCAAGUUUCAUUGAAAUCGUUUACCGGAACUUUCCGGUAACACUUGCACGAAACUGGAUUCAUCA